AUGUCGAGGCAUUCGGGCGCCUUCUUUGGCGACGACGUAAAUUCGCUUCCACUCCACAACGACCCUCACGUUGGCAUCAACAUGUCGGGCCUCGAUGCGAUCAACGCCCAGCAUUCGGCAAUGGCUCCUAACAAUCCCUAUCCGCCCAGUCCUUCUUCCGUUCGCUCUCCUCACUCUUCCCACGGCCAUACCUCUUCUUCGACCAAGUACACACAGGGCGCCAGCUCGAGCUCGAACGCAGCCACCGCCAACUACACUUCGCCGCGUCUCCAUCACUCACAAGCAGCCGCAUUUGGCCUCACAGAUUCUGCCGGCUCGUCGUCAGAACGCUACUCUUUCGACAAUCAGCAACAGCAGCAACAGCAACAGCAACAACACCACCACCUCUCGUCGCAAGCAGCCUACCGCAAUGAAGGCCUCGGACGCUCGCUCUCUAUGGGUCACGGCUCACAUCCAAGUCAGUCGCGAUCCGCUUCCCACACUUCGGCCACCGGUUCAGCCAUGUACCUUUCUCCACAGACGGGCGCCGCACAAGCAUCUGGCUCCAGCUCUUCAUCGGGUCACGCAACCAAUGGUGGCACUGCAAACUAUCUGUCUUCACUCUCACCAUCAGGCAUGCGCCAUAGCAGCUUUAUCAGCGGUGGAGCAGGUGGCAGCGGCAGCGCCGUCGCAUCCAAUUUGUCGCCUCAAAGCUCCUACAGCGGUCUUCCCAACCUCUCGUCUGGCUCUGCGCAUCCUGCCAGCCUCUUGCCCGCUCCACAGAUGCUCUCCAGCCCAUACAGCAAUCACAGCAGUCGCCGCUCCUCGAAUGCCAUGGACACCUCGGGCUCCUCAAUACGUGACCCAGCCUCUGGUAAUCCGUACAGCCCCAACACGUCUCAAUCCAGCCGUUUCAGCAAUAACAACGCCGCAUCCUCUGGCGCCUCGGCAUCCAGAGCUGGUGGCCACGAUCCGUCCAGCUUCAUGGAUGUUGGCUCUCCGCGCGACCCCGCCCGAUCGCCACGUCAGCUCACCCAGCGCACCUCUCAGCAGCAGCUCUCACAUCAGUACGCCGGCUCUGGCAGUGCAGGCCUUGGCGACCUCUCGGACGGUCUGCCAUACGCCUACCACUCGAAUCAGGCCCACGGCCAGCAGACCAAUUCAGCCCAGUACCUCUCUUCUGGAGGACGACCAUCCGGCGGCGCGUAUGCAUCCUCGUCUCAGGCGGCCGGAAGUCUCUGGCCAUCCGGCGAUGCUGCGUCAGGCCGCGGCAGCAUGAUACUCGACCCAUCGUCGCGCGACAGGUCGAGUGACAGCACCGCUCGCAACUCAGUCCUCUACAGCGACAGCGCUUCUUUUGCGCAGCACGGUUUGGGAAUCGGCUCCACCGGUUCCAUGACCACCGCCUCGGACAAUUCGAGAACGAGCUCGGCGCGUCGCGAUGCUGGCUCGUCGACGCGGCCUUCGCGUCGCAGCGAGGGAUUCCGUCGAGUGCGCGACUUUGACGAUCUGCGACCUGUCAUCGACAAGAGUACCGCGGCGGCUUCGGGAGCAGCCGCCAUCUCGGACGGCAAGGCGGCCACGGCAGCGGCGCGCGCAACUUCGCGGCGAGCGGAUCCAGCAGGUGGCUUCGUAAGUCCGCUCAAGGCGUUGACCGCCUACCUGCACCACACCUAUCAUCUCGUCAACCCCGCCUUCUUCUACGAGCUCAGCUUCAACCCUCGACGUGUGCUCACCAAGCCUAGCAAGCCUGUCCAGAACGAGGGCAGGGACAACGAGGAGAGCGACUACAUCCUCUACGUCAACGACUGGUUGGGGACCGAAGAGGGCCACAAGUAUCUCAUCCUCGACAUCUUAGGCCAAGGCACCUUCGGCCAGGUGGUUAAAUGCCAGGACAUGACCACGCACGAGAUCGUCGCUGUCAAGGUCAUCAAAAACAAGCCUGCAUACUUCAACCAGAGCAUGAUGGAGGUUACUGUGCUUGAGAUGCUUAACGGCAACUGGGAUCCUAACGACGAGCACCACAUCUUGCGGCUCAAAGAUACUUUUAUCCACGCAAAGCAUCUGUGCUUGGUGCUCGAGCUGCUCUCGUCCAACCUGUACGAGCUCAUCAAGCAAAACUCGUUCCAGGGGCUCAGCACGAGUCUGGUCAGGGUUUUCACCGCGCAGCUGCUGGAUGCACUGACCGUGCUCAACGAAGCUCGCCUGAUCCAUUGCGAUCUCAAGCCGGAAAACAUCCUGCUCAAGACGCUGCAGACGCCUUCCAUCAAGCUCGUCGAUUUUGGCUCGGCCUGUCACGAAAAGCAGACCGUGUACACGUACAUUCAGUCGCGCUUCUACCGAUCGCCAGAGGUGUUGCUAGGUCUGCCUUAUAGCUCGGCCAUCGACAUGUGGUCACUGGGCUGCAUUGCCGUCGAGCUCUUCCUCGGUCUUCCGCUGUUCCCCGGAACGAGCGAGUACAACCAGAUCUGUCGAAUCGUCGAGAUGCUUGGUCUGCCGCCGCAGUGGAUGCUGGACAACGGUAAGCAGACGCAAGAGUUCUUCAGCGUCUAUACGGAUGAAUUUGGUCGCAAGAGCUACCGGCUCAAGUCGCUCGAGCAAUACUCAAAGGAACACAACGCGCAGGAGAUACCCUCAAAGAAGUACUUUAAAGCGACGACGCUGCCGGAUAUCGUCAAGACGUAUCCGAUGUCUCGGAAGAGCGGCAAGUCGGCCGAUGUGCAGAAGGAGAUGGCGAAUCGUAGCAGCUUCAUCGACUUUGUCACGGGUCUGCUCAACAUGAACCCGCACGAGCGCUGGACGCCACAGCAGGCCAAGCUGCACCCUUUCAUCACGGGAGAGAAGUUCGUCAAGCCUUUCCGACCGCCUCUUGUGCCCACGGAUGCUUCGAUAACGGGCGCCUCGUCGUCGUCAUCCCGACCAAAGACGUCGGAUGCAUCCAAGCAUCCGUAUGGAGGGCUCGUGCAGCAAAGCAGCUCGUCUCGACCCUCGAACAAAACGUUCCAGGAUGCGGCAGCUUACAAUCAGCACUUGGCGCAGCAGCAGGCGUACCUGUCGGCAGCGGCGCGACAGCAGGCACAGCCGGCGCUCAACAAUCCCUACGCUCGAGAAGAGGCGGCCAACGCACAGGCAGCGGCUGAAGCCAAGGCGGUGGCUAAAGCGCAAGCUGCACAGAUGGCGCAGAUGCAGCAACAGCAGCAGCAGUACAAUGCGCGACAUUCGAUGGCUGUGGCACCUUCGAACUACUACGGCGGUGGCGACGAUGGCAGCGGGCAGCGACGGGCGGAUAAUCGGUUGAGUAUGAUUCCGCCGCAGCUGGCGAAGCUGGGCCUGGACCCGAGUUUGGCUGCGGGCCAGAACAUGGCGGGGUUGGUGAACAGGGACGAUCCGCUUCGCGAGUGGGAGCGAAGGCAGAAUGGACUGGCGCCCUCGUCUGCGGCCAACAUGAGCAGCAGCAGCAAGAAGCGGCAGAGCGCCAACUAUCAGCAGCUGGAUCUUUUGCAGCAGCAGGCAGAGAUGGGCGGAGGCUGGGCGGGAGUGGGAAGCGGUGCUAGUAGUGGUAGUGCAGCGUGGGACCAGGCGAUGAUCGGCAAGGGUGGAGCGGGUGGCUCGGGAAGCUUUUCGGUGGUUGUGGAUGGAUCUCAGAACAGGAUGGGUAAGGGAAGUGGUGGUGGGGGGAUUGCGGCGCCGCCUGCUGCGUAUUCGUCUGGGUCGGGCGGUGGAUCGGGCGGCAUGGGACGGUAUCAGACGUCGCCCGGUCUUGGGUACGGUGUGAAUGGGGCGACGAGCAUGUCUGCUUCUCACAGCAGUGGUGGUGGAAGUGGCGGUUCUGCCAACGCGUCCACUUUGCCUUUUGACAUUUACGAUGCGGGUAUGGCGAACCUGCUUCCGCCGUCACUGACACCUGUUCGGAUCCAAGAUCGAGACCAGCACUUGCAACAACAGCAGCAAGCAGCGCAGCAACAGGCGCAGCAACAACAGGCGUAUCUGCAGUACGCCGCGAUGCAGGCAAGGGAAAAGCAACAUUCACAACAGUCUCGUAGAGAUGCCAGUCUCGGCACUGGAGGAGCAGCGUUUGGAGGUAUGUAA